CUGCUUUUAAACUUCAGAGCGCCGAUCUUUAACUGUAGCAGACAGAUGCUUCCCUGCUGUAUUCAUGUACUACACAGUUACAUUUUAUCGUUUGAAUAUAAAUUGAAACUUCACACUGAUUUGCAAACGUUGUCUGAAGACUCAGCACAAUUGCUGGCAUGCAGAAUGCAAACCCAAUAGAGGAGGCGGGAGGCGACACAUCCUGUGAUGUGCCCUGUCUCCAGAAACUUGACUCCCCAACAGGGAGCCCUCCCAAACAAGCCUCUCUCGCAGAUAUGAUUGAGUUUGAGAAUUGUGUUUCCAAUCUCAGCCUUGCACAUGAGAUAGUGAUGAACAGAGACUUCAGCUUCAGACAGAACAGCCCCCCCAAAGACAGCUUGCAAGGGAGAAUAUCUGACAUAGUUCACAGUGCUUUCUGGGACUGUCUUCGUGAGCAGCUUUCAUGCAGCCCUCCAGACUAUGUCCAUGCUGUCAUUCUGCUCCAAGAGGUGAAAACUACCGUGCUGUCCCUGCUCCUGCCUGGCCACGUGCGUCUGAAGGCCCAGGUGGAGGAGGUUCUGGACCUGGAGCUGAUCCAGCAGCAGGCAGAUCACGGGGCCCUGGACCUGCAAAGAUUGUCAGGCUACAUCAUCAAUACCAUGGCCUCCCUGUGUGCCCCUGUACGGGACCCAGAGAUCAAGACACUACGGGAUCUUUCGGACCCAGUGGAGCUCCUCAGGGAGAUCUUCAGAGUCCUUGGCCUGAUGAAGACAGACAUGGUCAACUUCACUGUACAGAGCCUCAGACCUAAUCUUCUUCAGCAGGCGGUCCAAUACGAGCAGGCCAAGUUCCAAGAGAUCCUGGAGAAGCAGCCUGAGUUCCUGGACAAGACCACCGUUUGGCUUCAGGUGGCAGCGCGAGAGGAGGCAUUGGUCAGUGCCCAGUCUGACCUUGACACUGGGACUCCCAAGCCAUGUGGUCCAUUAAGUCCUACUGCCGUCCUGAACAGGGCUUACCUGCAACUGUUGAGCUGGGACCCCCAUGACCAGAACUACCCUGAGACAGUUCUGAUGGACAGAGCCCGCAUAGAUGCACUGGGGCAGAGGCUGAGUCUGCUGGUUCUUGAGGCAUCAGUUCUGCUGUUGACUAGCACACAGUGUGGGGCCGCUGUUUUCUCUCUGCAGGGGUUUGUAGGUAAACUCAAGCAGACCAUCACUGCCCUGCUGGAGGGCAGUCACAACAGGGACUUUGACCUGCAGGGGGCGUUGCUGGGGCUGAGGGAGCAGGUGCUGGUGCAGGUGAAGGAGGCUCUGAUCACCCAGGAAGGACCAGCGCUGCCUCAGGACAGUGAAGAUUUGCUUAUGGGACAGAUCUCAGACCUGGCCAAGGACAACAACCCCAUCCACACUCUCAUAGGAGAAAGAGUGCAGGGCUACCUCAAGGCCAUGCUAGAGGGAGGCCCCACUAAAAAGAGUCCGUCCAUGCCCCCUGCCCUGAGGCUGCUGAGUGCUGAGGUGGCAGAACUGGGAAUGGCCUUUGGGCGAAUAGUCCAUUUCAACCGCUCAGUUUUCGGCCCCUUCUACGUCCCCAUCCUAAGGAAGAUGCUGUUUCCAUCGGGAGAGGCCGAGAUGGGAGAGGACUCCCGCUAGUCCCCCGAACACCUCCGGUCCCCUGCAUAAGCUACCAUUCAACAUUUACACAAUGUAGAACAGGGUUCCCAAACUGGCGACCCGCGGGCCAAAUCUGGCACGCCAACAAUAUUAUUUGGCUCCCCCAAAGACCCCCAAAUUAAAUGUUAAUAUUUUUUAAAUAAAAAAAAUGUAUACAAAUCUCGGAUCCGAUAUGCAAAACCCCCCAAAUGCAAUGUCCCAAGAAGGAAGUUACCCUACCUAAAUAAUGCAAAAGUUAAGUUUUAACUUCAUUCAUGAGGAGAGAGAAUGCAGGAGACAGUCAACUAAUAAAGCUGGCAACAACCAUGUUGUGGUGCUGAAACUUAAAGCUGCAACCACAGCACAAUCAAUAGGAGGUGAACAGCACCUGGUGCUGAAAAUAUAGCUAACCUGUUAUGCAAGUGUUGCACAACGACAGAUGGAGAAAACCUACACCAGUCGAGUAAUUCAUUUCAACAAUAAUAUUCAUUUUAAUUUGACUUUACAAACAAGAAGAGGGCUUAAUUGUCUUCUGAGCCAAGGCCUACAUAAAAUAACAACUGGCUGUGGUAUGCCAUAAGGCUUAACAGCAUCUUUCACAAGAAAAAAAUAUAUGGCCGAUGCCAUUUAGGUUCGAUGCUGUGAUGCUCAUUUGCAGGGGAUACUUGGCGCUGCCUCUGACCGGGUGGAGGGGAAAUUGGUGGAAGACCUCCUGCAAUGAGAUCAAGGUCAGGUCAUUUGACCUCACUCAUCCAGCCACUUGGGUCAUGUGACAGUGUUGAUGCCCAUUCUGUGUUUUAUAUAUAUAAAAUGCACAUUUUUAAAAAAUCGAAAAAUGUUGUCCAUGUCCAAGACUGCAGCCAUGAGUUCAGUUAUUGAAAUUCUGGCAUUAUGAGACGCGCAUUAAAAAAUAAAUAUGCACAAAAAAAAUCAUUCCAAAGACAGUUUCAGAAGUGGUAUUUUUUUUUUUUUUUACAAGGGCUCCUUACAAUUGCAACUGGCCAAAAAUGGAGCAUCCUAGAUUAAACAAUAAUUUAAAGAAAAAAAGGUGAUUGUCUAUAAGGACAGCCUGCUCCUAUAACGACAGAACAAACAGAUAAUACUGUCAGCUUGAGACCUAAAUAUCCCUGGAUAAGCACACAAUAAUGUUAGUAUUUACUAAGUACUGUCAUAUAGGCCACUAAGUUACUCACUCAAUGGGAAAUGUUGCAUUUCCCCUCGAUCUUAUGGAUGUCACGUGAGAUGGAUGUGAUUUUGAUGCGCAGGCAGUCAACAAUUGACUUGUGUGAAAGCCGGUUCCUGUCCUGAGUCUAUAUUGCGUUCAUAGAGGAAAAUGAGGACUCGCAGGAUUAAGUCGAUCCAAACAUUGUUAGCACAUGAAAUGCACGUUUCUUUAUUGGCUGUAUUCCUGAGCAUGCCACCCAAAACGCACACAAGUACUCGGUACCCCUGAGCGCAUCCCUGAUUUGGCUUGAUGUCUGUAAUUCAAUCAGCUCAGUUUGAAUUGCGGCCUAAUUUUUAAAAUUUAAACUUUAUUUAACUAGGCAAGUCAGUUAAGAACAAAUUCUUAUUUACAAUGACGGCCUACCAAGACCAAACCCGGACAACGCUGGGCCAAUUGUGCGCCACCCUAUGGGGCUUCCAAUCACGGCCAGAUGUGAUUCAGCCUGGAUUCGAACCAGGGACUGUAGUGACGCCUCUUGCACUGAGAUGCAGUGCCUUAGACUGCUGCUCCACUCAGGAGCCCAAUCCAGUGAGGGUAUCGUUUUCUUAGCAAGGGAGGAGUGUUCUCCACCUGGGCAGACUGUGAGAGGAGCACAUACAAACGCAAUGAUAUCCAUGGGCAUUCCGUAGUCUUCAAAUCUGGUGGAGGAAUUGUCAGCCAAAGAAGCAGUUUAUGUAGCUUGCAGUUAAAGCUUAAAUGUUUCUGCAUAGGGCCUCUGUCUCAGGCGGGAAGACCACCUUAAAAGUUCCAUGCUUAGAUUCAUAAUAACGUAUGAGAUUAAAUGAUUUGCAAACAGCAACAUUUUCAUUUCAAAUAAGAAACACUGGCUUGGCAUUGGGAAAAUAUGGUAAGAUGAAUGCAAUCUCUUUGUACAUUUCCCCUGAUACUUAUUGAGAGCGACAUGUUGAUGU